AUGAAACUUAAUCCACAGCAAGCUCCAUUAUAUGGCGACUGUGUUGUCACUGUGCUGCUUGCUGAAGAGGAUAAGGUGGAGGAGGAUGUAGUGUUUUACCUGGUGUUUUUGGGGUCCACCCUCCGUCACUGCACAAGUACCCGGAAGGUCAGUGCGGAUACGCUGGAGACCAUCACUCCUGGUCACGACUGCUGCGAGACGGUGAAGGUGCUGCUGUGCGCCUCCAGAGAGGGCCACCCCGUGUUCGUGGUGGCGGAGGGGGCCUUUGCCUUCAUCCAGGACGAGGCGUACGACGCGGCCCAGUUCCUGGCCACCAGCGCCGGGAACCAGCAGGCGCUCAACUUCACCCGCUUCCUGGACCGCUCGGGACCUCCGUCCACAGACGUGAACGCCCUCGAUGAGAAGGUGGCCCUCGCGUUCCGACACCUUGAGCUGCCAGCGGAGUGGAACGUGUUGGGGGCCAAUCAGACUCUGCAGGAUGGAGGCCCUCGAGAGACUCUGAUGCACUUCGCCGUGCGGCUGGGGCUGCUGAGGCUGGCGUGGCUCCUGUUGCAGAAGCCAGGCGGCCGCGGAGCGCUCAGCAUCCACAACCAGGAAGGAGCGACACCUGCGAGCUUGGCCCUGCAGAGGGGUUAUCACAAGUUGCACAAGCUUCUAACCGAGGAGAACGCUGGAGAACCCGAUUCCUGGAGCAGUUUAUCCUAUGAAAUCCCCUGUGGAGACUGCUCCGUGAGGCACCAUCGAGAGCUGGAUGUCUACACAUUAACCUCAGCGUCCCAGCCGCACCAUGAACCCCCACUUCCUGCAGACAGUUGCACCGGGCACAUUUUUAAACUCAUGAACAUCCAGCAGCAGCUGAUGAAAACAAACCUCAAGCAGAUGGACAAUCUUAUGCCCUUGAUGGUGGCAGCCCAGGAUCCUUCAGGUCUGCUCACCGCCCAGCACGCCGAUGGCUCGCUCCUUCCCUGUGCAGCAGCGCCCACGGACAGCCCGCAGCCUCCCUCCCCUCCUGCCGGGCCCGAGAGCUCUCCACUCGGCCCCGGGGUCCCAGACCGGGUCCCAGACCGUCCCUCUGACUUCUCCAGCGCCAGCAAGGAGGAGAACACAGAUUGUUCCUGCAGGAAGAAAAAUGAAGGCGUGAUGAGAAAAGAGGAAGAGGUGGAGCCUACCGCGGACUCUGAGACUCCGUCUAAUCCCCAGAGCUGCCUUCAGAGCAUGCCUGAUUGCGGGGAGAAGGGGACAGAAGGCCUCCCGCCCUGUGACAUCGGAAGUGAAGACACUGGAGCAGCAUCUGCCACCGCGGCCGCAGCCCGGGGGUCUCUGAGCAGCGGGGGUGCUGCCCAGCCUGGGGUCGCACUCAUGGAGGCAGGCCCGGCCCCGCAUGUCCCUGCAGGUGGACAGGUAGGCAGCUCGGCGGUAGAUGCCGGUGUCCCAGAGACGGCGGAGGGGUCGGAUCGCGGCCUCAUGCACCCAGGUGCCACCACCCAGAAGAAGGUGCUGGAAGCCGGGGAAAGGACAGAGGAGAGAUCGGAGAACUCUGAGGUCAGCGCAGCUGCAGCCUCUGACGUCAAAGCCGUGGAUAGAGCCACUGUUCCAAACUGCGUGCCUGCCACCAGCUCCCCGGACGAUGACCCGCCUGCUGAGCCGGUCCUUGUGCUGAGCAACGGAGGAGCCCCGACUGAUAAAGCUGCCGAAACAGAAACUUCCAGAUGUCGUGACGCACGUGCUGGUGGUGAUCUGAGCCCUGCCAUCGUUCCAGCCGCUGCCAAUGGCGAGAUGUCAGAUGGCGCCCACGAAGACGCUCCCUUGACGGACGGGGCAGCGCCACCCGCUGAUCUCACCAUCCCCCAGCCACAGGCAGAUGCUUUGCUGGAGGAGAAAGCAGAAGCGAAUGCACCUCACCCUCAGAGCCAGGACGACAGGCCGCCUGUCUGCUCCCCUCCUGCAGACCAGACCCUGCAAGCCGGACAGAACUCAGUGGCCUCUGGCGGUGACGCCGUGACCCAGCCCACAGCCACCGCCCCGGGCCCGCCCCACGCACAGCCCCCGCCCACUGCCGCCUGCCCGGGAAGCCCGCAGGCCGACACCCUCACCCCUGGCCCUGGAAGAGACACCCCGGAAGAUGUGGGUGUUUGUCCCCUUGAAGUUUUGGGUGCAGAGGGCCAGACAGGAGGUCUGAACUCAGAGACGCCUCUGACAAACGCGCUUGAAGCGGGGCCCCAGCCACAUGCUGCCGUCACCAAAGCAGAGCGAGGGCGAGUGCCAGAGCCGGAGCAGGCGGGGACGGCAGGCCGGACUUUCCCUCUGCCAGGCGGUGAAUCAGUAACGAAGGCCGACGCCCUCUCUCCUGUCCCCUCCCAGAGUGAAAAGGGAACAGCAGCUCCCAGGCCACGUCCCUCCGCAGACCGUACAGAUGGCGGAGGUCAGGGCGAUCCCCAUAAGCAGCUGCUAGAAGACCCUGCAGCUGGCCUGCCCUCCCCCUGCACCACCCUGGACCCUCCGCCCAGCAUGGGCAACGCCAGUCCUGUAGGAUUCGGCUGGGAGCAGGAGGAACCCCGCCUCCCAGCAGCCCCUGAAGCUAGGAACACGGACGGGGGCUCCGACCCUUCCCGGCUCCACGUGGCCAAGGCCCCUGUGGCCUCUGAUUCCAACGGGACCGAAGAAGGAAAUGAUCCUGUGGUUCCAGAAAGCUCUGCAGCUCAGGGACAAGGUGACAGACUGAAUGCAGUGAUUGGCUCCUCCACCACGGAAGGCGCUCCUCCUUCAGGGGCGCUGCAGGAAGGGCAGGGGGCAGACCCCCCGGGACAGGAGUCCCCAGGGGCCCAGGGAGAGCACGGCCCGGCUGCCUGUGCCCGGAACACAGCACUUGAGCUCGGCGGCUCCCCGGGCACACCCUCGGCCUCUCUGAGCGCAGAAACCAAACACAACAAGGAAGUGGCCCCACCAGCCUCGCCGCUGCCUGAAGGUGGGGCCGCGCACAGCCUGGUGCCACCAGGAGCGGGCCUGGCUGCAGACGCGGGCCAGGAAGCCGUGGGUGCAGAGCAGAGCAGCUCACGCCCGCCACCGCAGGGCCUGCCACCAGAUGCAUCCCAGGCUCCUGACUGCAAUGGACCCUGUGCGGUGGAUGGAGUGACAGACACUCAAGGAGAGACCUCGGUGAGUGGAAACAUGGCACUGGAUGGCGCAGAGGGUAACGCUCUCCAAGGAACUGCGGAAGCCGGAGGAACGGCCUUAUCGCACGGAGCCCGAGACCUCCCCGCUCCGGAGGGCUUGCUGAGCCCCGAGAACGGGAUCCAGGUUUUGCCAGGAGCCUCACCAGACAAAGGGGGGGCUGACCUCCAGGGUGCUGCAACCCCAGAGACGGUGCCUCCUGUUGGGGAGAAAGGGGAGCCGGAGGGAGCCCCCCUCCGCUGUGGCAGGGAUACCUCCGAGGAGGCCCAGAUGGACAGCAUGCGCUCCGUCCCCUCGCAGCCCACCGCCCAGGAGCGCCCCGCAGAGACAGGGCCCGCCACCAGCGAUGACAAGGCUCCCCCUGCCCCUCACGCCGCAUCUGCCGAGGCCGGGCCCCUGCCUACAGGAGAAUCCAUCGAGGAGGCUGCGAGUCGUAUAGUGGAUGCCGUCAUCGAGCGAGUCAAGGCCUCCGGAGCCCUGCUCGCCGAGGGGCACAUCAGUGACAUGCCAGCGUCCAGUCCUGCAGAGCCAGGGCGGGGGGCUGACCAGCUGGCGAGCGCUCCUGCAGGGAAAGUGCCCGCCCCCCUGCCCGCGGGGACCCCAGCAGCGGGCAGUGCGCCCGGGAGCCCUGCCGGACGCUUUGCUGGAAGGGAAGAGCCAGAGAAGACGAUUCCACAAGUUCCAGGAGCUGAGCCGGCAACAGACAUGCCAGACACCAAGGCUGAUGACGAGAUGGACUUCCUGAUGGAUCCCAGGCCAAGCUCAGCUUCGGAGGACGUGGCUGCAGGCGACACAGCUGCUCCUUCGGGGACGGGACAGGGCCUGAAGACGCAGGCGAUAAACCGGGAAAGCUGGUGCGCGAUUGAGCCGUGUGCUGACGCAGCCCCCCUCCUGGCGCCCACGCAGAGCCCAGAAUGUGAGAACUUCCUGGACGCCAGGCUGGGCAGGGAGUGUGCCCCCACCCAGGGUGACCUUAAAAGAGAAUCCGGGAGCGACUCCGACCUCUUCCACUCGCCCAGUGAGGACGUGGACAGCAUCAUCUCCAAGCCCGAGGAAGAGCAGUCCGUCUGCGAUGUCACCGGAUCCAGCUCUUCCACCGACGACACGGCCUCCCUGGACCGGCACUCCUCGCACGGCAGCAAUGUGUCCCUCCCCCAGAUGCCGGCUCUGCACAGGUCCCGAGACCAGCAGUCCCUGGAUGGCUUGUACAGCCACGGGGCGGGCGCGGAGGGGCGGGAGAGCGAGAGCGAACCCACCGGCUCCGGGGAGAUGGAGGAGGAGGAGAUGGACAGCAUCACCGAGGUGCCCGCCAGCUGCUCGGUGCUAAGGAGCUCCAUGCGCUCCCUGUCCCCCUUCCGGAGGCACAGCUGGGGGCCCGGCAAGAACGCAGCCAGCGACGGGGAGAUGAACCACCGCAGUUCAAUGCGAGUUCUUGGGGAUGUUGUCAGGAGACCUCCCAUUCAUAGGAGAAGUAUGAGCUGGUGUCCCUCUGGCGUGCAGUGCUCUGCUGCCCUGAGUGCCGACUUUAAUUACCGAAGUUUCAGCCUGGAAGGCUUGGCGGGAGGAGCCGGUGUCGGGAGCACGCCGUCCUCGUCUCUGGAAGGAAACUCGGCCAACGCCAAGGAGCUGAGGCACCCCUUCGGGGGCGAGGAGCGGGGCGACUCCCUGGUGUCCCUUUCGGAAGAGGACCUGGAGUCGGGCCAGAGAGAGCAUCGGAUGUUCGGUCACCAGACCUGUCACAGAUCUAAACAACAGGGAUUCAACUACUGUACGUCCGCCGUCUCUUCCACGUUGACCAAGUCCGUCUCCUUAAUGACAAUCAGCCAUCCUGGGUUCGACAAUUCCCGGUCUUUCCACAAUGCCAGCGGGAACCUGACGGAGAGUAUAACAGAGGAGAACUACAGCUUCCUGCCACAGAGCCCCUCCAAGAAGGACUUUGAAGGGAAGAGUGGGACGAAAGUCAGCCGCACCUUCAGCUACAUCAAAAAUAAGAUGUCCAGCAGCAAAAAGAGCAAAGAGAAGGAGAAAGAGAAGGAGAAAACCAAGGAGAAGGAGAAGGACUCCAAGGAGAAGGAGAAGGACCGAAAGCUCCUCAACGGCCACGCGUUCAGCGCCAUCCCCGUCGUGGGCCCCAUCAGCUGCAGCCAGUGCGCGAAGGCCUUUGCCAGCAAAGACGCCUACACUUGUGCAAACUGCAGUGCCUUUGUCCACAAAAGCUGCCGAGAAAGCCUGGCCUCCUGUGCGAAGGUCAAGAUGAAGCAGCCCAAGGGGAGCCUCCAGGCGCACGACACGUCAUCCCUGCCCACGGUCAUCAUGAGGAGCAAGCCCUCCCAGCCCAAGGAGCGCCCUCGGUCCGCCGUCCUCCUGGCUGACGAGGCCACUGCCGCCCCCAUGUUCUCCAACAGACGCUCCCAGCAGUGCGUGUCGCUGUCCAAAAGCGUCUCCAUACAGAACAUCGCCGGCGUUGGCAAUGACGAGAACAUAUCCAACACAUGGAAGUUCCUGUCACACUCAACGGACUCCCUGAAUAAGAUCGUCAAGGUCAACGAGUCCACGGAGUCCCUGACUGACGAGGGAGUAGGCACAGACAUGAACGAGGGGCAGCUGAUGGGCGACUUUGAGAGCGAGUCCAAGCAGCUGGAGGCCGAGUCCUGGAGCCGCGUGGUGGACAGCAAGUUCCUGAAGCAGCAGAAGAAGGACGUGGUCAAGCGGCAGGAAGUGAUCUACGAGCUGAUGCAGACGGAGCUGCACCACAUCCGCACGCUCAAGAUCAUGAGCGACGUGUACAGCCGGGGCAUGAUGACCGAGCUGCUGUUUGAGCAGCAGAUGGUGGAGAAGCUGUUCCCCUGCCUGGACGAGCUCAUCAGCAUCCACAGCCAGUUCUUCCAGAGGAUCCUGGAGCGCAAGAAGGAGUCCCUGGUGGACAGGAGCGAGAGGAACUUCCUCAUCCGCCGGAUGGGCGACGUGCUGGUGAACCAGUUCUCCGGGGAGAACGCCGAGCGCCUGAAGAAGAUCUACGGAAAGUUCUGCGGGCAGCACAACCAGUCCGUGAACUACUUCAAGGACCUCCACACCAAGGACAAGCGCUUCCAGGCCUUCGUGAAGAAGAAGAUGAGCAGCGCGGUGGUGAGGCGGCUGGGCAUCCCCGAGUGCAUCCUGCUGGUCACGCAGCGGAUCACCAAGUACCCGGUGCUGUUCCAGAGGCUCCUGCAGUGCACCAAGGACAACGAGGCGGAGCAGGAGGACCUGGCUCAGUCCCUGAGCCUCGUGAAGGACGUGAUCGGAGCCGUGGACCGCAAGGUGGCGAGCUACGAGAAGAAAGUGCGCCUGAACGAGAUCUACACGAGGACGGACAGCAAGUCGAUCAUGAGGAUGAAGAGCGGCCAGAUGUUCGCCAAGGAGGACCUGAAGCGGAAGAAGCUGGUGCGGGACGGGAGCGUGUUUCUGAAGAACGCCGCGGGCAGGCUGAAAGAGGUCCAGGCGGUUCUGCUGACGGACAUUUUAGUUUUCCUUCAAGAAAAGGACCAGAAGUACGUCUUUGCGUCAUUGGACCAGAAGUCCACGGUGAUCUCCCUGAAGAAGCUGAUAGUACGGGAGGUGGCCCACGAGGAGAAGGGACUAUUCCUCAUCAGCAUGGGCAUGAAGGACCCCGAGAUGGUGGAGGUCCACGCCAGCUCCAAGGAGGAGCGCAACAGCUGGAUCCAGAUCAUCCAGGACACCAUCAACGCCCUGAACAGAGACGAAGAUGAGGGCAUUCCCAGCGAGAACGAGGAGGAAAAGAAAAUGCUGGACACCAAAACCCGGGAGCUAAAAGAACAACUCCAGCUGAAGGACCAGCAGAUCCUGCACCUCCUGGAAGAGAAGGAGGGGAUCUUCCGGGACAUGACGGAGUGCAGCACCCCCUUGCCGGAGGAGUGCUCCCCGACCGUCAGCCCUCGAACCCUCUUCCGCUCCAACACAGAGGAGGCGCUCAAGGGAGGACCCCUGAUGAAAAGUGCAAUAAACGAGGUGGAACUCCUUCAGGGUUUGGUGAGUGGCAGCCUGGGGGCCCCCCUCGGACAGACGGGGAGCAGCCCUGUGGGGCAGGAGGGCCCCGUGAGCCCGGUCUCCCUGCCCCGGAGAGCCGAGACCUUCGGGGGAUUCGACAGCCAUCAGAUGAAUGCUUCAAAAGGAGGAGACAAGGAGGAGGCAGAGGACGGCCAGGAUCUGCGACGCACCGAGUCGGACAGCGGGCUGAAAAAGGGCGGGAAUGCUAACCUGGCGUUUGUGCUGAAAAGAAACAACGAGCAGGUGGUCCAGAGCAUCGUUCACCUCCACGAGCUCCUCAGCAUGUUGCAGGGCGUGGUGCUGCAGCAGGACAGCUACAUCGAGGACCAGAAGCUGCUGCUGAGCGAGCGGGCGUUGGCCCGCGGCGCGUCCCGGCCCAGCCCCAGCUCGCUGGCGGAGCAGGAGAAGCAGCGCAGCCUGGAGCGGCAGCGCCAGGACCUGGCGGACCUGCAGCGGCAGCAGGCGCAGCACCUGGAGGAGCGGCGGCGGCGGGAGCGCGAGUGGGAGGCGCGGGAGCGGGCGCUGCAGGAGCGGGAGGCCCGGCUGGCGCGGCGCGAGGAGGAGGCGCGGAGGGGCCGCGGGGACCUGGAGCGGGACCGGGAGGCGCUGCUGCAGAGGCGGGCCGCCUACCAGCACGACCUGGAGCGGCUGCGCGCCGCCCAGAGGCAGCUGGAGCGGGAGCAGGAGCAGCUGAGGCGCGACGCCGAGCGGCUGGGCCAGGGGCCGCCGGACCGCGGCGCCGGCCAGGUCUCCCAUUCGCACACCAAGCUGCUGCGGAUCCCGACCUUCCUCCCCAACCCCGAGGAGCCCCCCGCGCCGCCCGCGCCCUCCAUCGCCAAGUCGGGCUCGUUGGACUCGGACCUCUCGGUGUCCCCCAAAAGGAACAGCAUUUCCCGGACGCACAAAGAUAAGGGGCCUUUUCACAUACUGAGCUCUGCCAGCCAGGCCAGCAGAGCGCCCGAGGGCCCCGGCCAGGCCCAGGCGCCCGCCUCCUCCUCCUCUUCCUCCUCCUCCUCCUCCACCUCCACCCGCCUGUUCGGAUUGGCCAAGCCCAAGGACAAAAAGGACAAGAAGAAGAAAAACAAAGGCCGCUCUCCUUCCAGGGACGGCCCCGCAUCGGACGUGCCCACAGACGGGGAGGAGAUCUUCUGCUAA